AUGGCAUCAUUACAGAAAUCCUUGGCCGGGGGCAAGAAAAAGAAGACUGGGGACAGCAAGGACACCGCCAAGGACCGUGUGCAAUCGGAGCCUGUCUUGAAAGAGGAGAUGAACGGAAAUGAUGUGGAAAAUAACCAGCAUGAUUUGAAAGGUGUUAUUGGAUCAAGGCAUGCUGUUUCUGUUGACUCAACUCUGCAUGGAGCCUCUAACAGAAUGACAAAGCAUGAGAAAAGUUCAAACAACCAUGAGAACAACUCGCUCACAACUACUUCUUAUUCUGUUCCCAAAAAGGUGGAAGAAAUGGUGAAAAAAUCGACUGCAGCUAGAGAAAUGGAAGAGGAAGAGGAAUUGGGUGUCAGGAAAAUGGCUCCCAAGUUUAUUAAAGAAAUGAGUGACUGCACAGCAUUUGUUGGGGACAGUGCAAGAUUUGAUUGUAAAGUUGUAACUGGGACACGAGAAGCAGAUGUUCACUGGUUCAAAGAUGGUAAGGAGAUUCGUGAUGACCCUCAUUUUCAGUUUCAAGAUGGCAGCCGUGGGGCACAUUCUUUGAUUAUUCGUAAUGUGUCUCCCAGUGACAGUGGCGAAUAUGAGUGUAGGGUUGUCACGGCAACUGGUGAAGCUUCUUCAUGUUCAUCACCAUCGCCCGUCUUAUCCCUUCCCUCUCUCCCCGCUCCGGAAUCUGCCGCUCUUGGCUUAGAGCAGCAAUGUGACGUCAUCUCUGGCAUUUCUGAUCUGAAGCAUCUCCAGGAAUGCCAGACCAGCGCCUCCGAGAGCCCAGCCUCUCAGAACAGCACAGAGGAGGGAGAGCAACACCGAAGAGAGGGGGAACAGCCUCCUCCUAAAGACAAUCUACCUAAGAAAUCAGCCCCUAUAUUCAUCGUCAAAAUGCCCGGUUCGAAGGAGGAGGUGCGACUUGGGGAAACAAAACGCUUCGAAUGUCAGGUCGUCGGAUUUCCCCGACCUGAGAUCAGAUGGUUUAAAGAUGAAGUGGAUAUAACCGAAAACCCAAGAUACAAAUUCAAUUUUCACGAUGAUGGAGUCAUAUCCCUGCUUAUCGAGAACAUAUCUGCCAAAGAUGAAGGAGCCUACAAGUGUCUUGCCAAGAACACUGAGGGAACGGCCUCUACAACGGCAUAUCUCUUGGUUAAAGUUGACAAAGACAGACACAAGGACAUUUCCAUUGAUGAGAAAAUCGCUUUUAAGUCCCGCCCCCUGUCAAUCAUUGGAGAAGAAGAAGAGGAGGAGGCUGAGAAACAUGACAAAGAAUCCACCAAGGAGGAGGAACUCAGAAAACAGCUUGGAAAGAAACCAGUGGCGGCACCACAGUUUGUCGAGAAACCAAAUGACAUUACUGUCAAUGAAGGGGAGACCAUCACAAUCACCUGCAAGAUCUCCGGUGUGCCGAAGCCCGAGGUGAUGUGGUUUAAGGGCGGAGAUCCAUUGUUCGCUGACGGAGAGAGAAUUGAAAUUGUUCAGAUGGAAGACGAGUACACCCUUACCAUUAAAGAAGCCAAACCUUCAGAUGGCGGUGCUUUCACUGUAACAGCGAGCAGUACAGAGGGCUCAGUGUAUUACAAUGUCAGCGUUAGUGUCAUUGCUGUGAAGCGAGAGAAAUCUCCCACACCAGAAAGGGAGAUACUGGAAGUUGCCCCAGAAUUUAUCAAGCAGCCACUCUCACAGAAGAUAAUUGAAGCUGAGAAAGUCAGAUUUUCUUGUCUGGUACAAGGUAAACCAGAGCCAACAGUCACCUGGUUCAAAGAUGGAAAACUUCUCAAAUCUGACUCCCACCGUAAGAUCUACAAGGCAGAGGGCCUCCAUUUUCUGGAGCUCCCAAAAGCCUCCAUUGAAGAUGGAGGAGAGUAUACCUGUACGGCUAAUAACUCUGCAGGAGCAGUCUACUGCAAUUUUGCUCUCACAGUGGAAACGGUGUCUGAACAUGAAAGCAGUGCUGACCUUGACGAACAAGAAGCUUUGAGAAAGAAGAAGAAAGCUGCAGAUGCUGUCCAGUUCAAGGAAUACGCCUUGAUUAAGAACUACACCGACCAGGCCAAAAAGAUUGCCUUCAGGGAGGGAGAGAUAGUCCAGGUCUUGGAUGCCUUAAAUCCAGAUUCAUGGCUGGUCAGGAAGAAGAAAGCCAAAGAACAGGUGGCCUACAUACCCUCAGAGUUCUUGAAGAAGAAGGAUGGUGUCCCAGAUGACAAACAGGCAUGGAAAGAUGCUCUAGAAGAAAUCUCUGAGGUGAAGGAUCGGGACCGAGCCAAAGGCAAACAAGCCACCCCAGAACUGGUAGACACUUCCUCUGAUGAUGAAAAAGUAGCUGAAGGAGAGAAAUACCCCAUCUAUGUAGCAGUGGCUGACUACAUCCCACCUAAAAAGCAGAGGGACAAGGUCCAGCUGACCGAGGGUCAGUUUGUGGAAGUCCUGGACAAAAAGAACCCAGAAUGGUGGCUUGUCAGGACCAAACCCACCAAGUUACACCCGGCCAAGCAAGGCUGGGUACCGGCCAGUCGCCUGGAGAAGAGGGACGGGGCUGGGCUUGUGGACAGGAGAAACACAAGAGAGGUGUUCAGGGAAGACAUCAUACAGAUCACCAACAAGGGGCAGGAGGCUAAUGUGAAGAGGAGGUAUGCUCUGAAGGAACUGUUGGAAUCUGAACAUGACUACCUGAACAACUUGCACAAUGUGGUCGAUACUUGUAUCCCUCCACUAGAGGGAGCAGAUGUACCAGAGCCCAUUAAAGGCAAGAAAGACCUCAUCUUUGCCAACUUGGAAGACAUAAUGCAGUUCCACCAGGACACUUUCCUGCCCCAGAUUAUGGCCUGUACCAGUGAGCCAGAGGCCCUGGCAGCCUUGUUCCUCAGUCAGAAAGCUAAACUGGAGGAGUACAUCCCAUACCUGAAGAACAGAAAAGCUGCUCUGAAAGUCCUCAAUACUGAACCAGCCAGAAAAUUUACCAAAAAAAUGAAAGAGAAGAAGGCUGGUGAGGAACAGACCCUCCCAGAACUACUUAAGAAACCCAAACAGCGCCUUCAGCAGUAUCAGUCUGUUGUUAAGGACUUUAUACGCUACACUGCACGUGCAGGAGCAGACUGCUCCAAGCUAGAAGAAGCACAUGAUAUGCUGGGUGCCAUAUUGAAACAGGCAGAUGACAAAUAUCACAGAGAUCAGAUAGAGGGCUACCCUGGAGAUUUGGCUGAUCUAGGAAACAUGGUCAGACAUGAUGACUUCCAGAUGUGGGAUGCAGAGCCAGAGGGUCAUGGUAAGGACAGACACAUCUUCCUUUUCCCUGACAAACUGCUGAUUACCAAGAAGAAAAAGCCAGCUGUAGAGGGAGAGCUCCCCACUUACAUCUACAAGGGAAUCAUCAAUCUCCCAGAUCUUCAGCUGAAUGAGGACGCUCCAGGAGAUGACAGGCGAUUUGAACUGUGGUAUGCUGAGCCCAGUGUGGAGAAAGUCACCUUGCAGCCAAAGAAUGUCCACAAAAAACAGGCUUGGCUCAAAGACCUUAGGGAACUGCUCACAAAAUUAGGAGUAAAAGAAACUGACAUCCCAGAUGAGACCCUGGAGCAGCUGAAGACAAAGAAACCCAAGGUCCCUUCAGUCCCCAAGAAGAAGCCAGAGAAAAAGAAAAAGGGAACAGAUGUUACUGAUGCAGCACCCAAAGAUAAGGCUGCAACAAGUGCUGAGGCCCCUGGAUUGCCUCCAGAGGAUGAGAGGAUGAAACCCAAAUUUAAAAAGGCACCAUUUGACACCAAGGCAAAUGAAGGUGACCAGGUGAAGUUUGAGAUCCAGGUCACAGGAAACCCUGAGCCUGAGAUUACUUGGUUCAAAGGUGCCCAGCAGAUAGCAGCUGAUGGAACCAAAUACACCUUUGUAUUUGCUGAUGAUGAGUUCAUGGCUCUGAUAGUGAAGGACUUGAAACUCUCUGAUGCUGGUCUGUACUACUGCAGAGCUAAGAAUUAUGUGGGAGAGGCAGAGGUCAAAAUUAAGCUGGAGGUCAAAGGCCAAAAGAGCAAAGAUGCUCGUCCUUCCUUCCCAAGCAAGAUGCGUUCCAACAUGAACAUCACUGAGGGCAACCCUGUGGAACUGAAAUGUACAGUUGCUGGGUUCCCAGAGCCAGACGUCAUGUGGCAGCUCAAUGGAAAGCCAUUAAAACCAUCAGCAAAUAUUGAAAUGAAGACCGAAGGUGACCAAGCAGUUCUCAGUAUCAAGAAUGCCACCCCGAAUGACUCUGGUGUAUAUACGUGCAAGAUCACCAAUAAGCUGGGGCAUGCCCAGUGCAGCUCCACUGUGACUGUAAAACCAGAUAUGUUUAAGAAGAAAGAGGCCGCCAAAGUGGCCCCUAUGUUUACUGCAAAAUUCAAGGAUGUUGAAGUAACCCCAAAACGUGACACCUACCUGGAGUGUAAAAUCAAGGGGUCGCCAGCCCCAGAGGUUACAUGGUACCAUAAUAACAAACCUCUGAAGGAUUCAAAACACAUAAAAAUGGAGAAAAUUGGUGACAUGCAUAUUCUAAACAUCUACAAAGUCACCCCAGAAGAUGAAGGGGAGUACACCUGCAAAGCUGUCAACACGGCUGGAGAAGUGUCUCACAGUGCCCGGGUCAGUGUGGCCAAACCCAAGGAGCCUACCUUCAGUGGCUAUGCCCCACAGUUCUCCAAGAAGGUGUACAACGUGGAUGCUGUGGAAGGAGAGAAGGCCAAGUUUGAGUGCAGGGUUAUGGGGGAUCCUGAACCUGAUGUACAGUGGUUCAAGGAUAGCCAGCCUCUCCAGCCAGGCCGUAAGUACAAGAUGGAGAAAGUGAGAGGCAGUACCACUUUGACCAUCAGUGAUGUGACCAAGGCUGAUGCCGGAGAAUACACCUGUACUGCAGCCAACCCUGGAGGGAAAGUCAGCAGUGCUGCCAUGUUGGACGUGCAAGCUGCUAAACCAAAAGAAAAAUCUCCAUCUAAAACCUUUGGUAAGGCUGAAGAAAAGUCAGUUCUUUCUAAGCAGCCAGUGGAACCAGUUGUUGAGAAAAAAGGAGUUCCACCUAGGCCAGUCUCAGACAAACCCACUAUCUCAAAGUACACUGGGGAUUCCCUUACUCUCACAUGGCCUACCACCACACUUCCUCUAAAUGCAAUCCCCACACCCAUCACCUACUCCAUAGAGUCCAGGGAACCACCCAUACCUUCUUGGACAAAGGUCACUAGUGGCUUGACCACUCCUAAGUACACUGUUACCAGACUGAAACCUGAGAAGGAUUAUGUUUUCCGUGUGCGAGCUGAGAAUCAAUAUGGCCGCUCUAAACCUUCACCUCAGGCUACAACUGCUCUUCAGAAAAGGCCUGCAGAGACAUCAGGACUGCAGUAUGGCAGAGAUGGCAGUCUACCCAGGAUGGAUGAACUGGGAUAUGUGCCUCAUGCUGGAGAUCUGUAUGUGCCUGCAACACCCUAUACACCUAGAGUCCGCACUCCAGUGAUUGAGCGCCCGAGGAUUGAAGAUUAUGCUGACCGCUCCAUCAAACUGGCAUGGUCACCUCCCCACAUCCCUGCCCUGGAAGAGAGGUACCGUCUCCCCGAGUCGCGCACCUCCACUCCUAUUUCUGUGGCAUACACCCUGCCAUCUGGGCGCUCGUACAUGCCCAGACCUUCUGUGGAGUCACAUGACUACAAACUAAGCUCGAAGCUGCCUGAGGCUGCUUCUUAUGCAGUAGAACCACCCAGAAAGUUCAAGUACAUCAUUGAAGGACGAGAACCACAUGUACCAGAGUGGCGCCGCCUGGUGGACAGACUGCCAGACACUCUGAGUUACAGCAUUAAAGACUUGACCCCUGAAAGGGACUACAUGCUGAGAGUGAGAGUGGAAGAUGAAAAAGGCCUGAGUGAACCUUCUUUACCAGUGCUUACAGCUCUGCACAAACCUAGAGACAAGAGAGCAGAAGAGAUACAUGUACCACCAGAGUUCCCCUACCACGAGCCUAUCAUCACCAACUUCACUGAGAGAUCACUGGAACUGUCCUGGUCUCCUGCUCGUUUCCCAGACAGAGCACGAAAGACACCCAUCAGAUAUGUGGUAGAAAUCCAGGAAGCUCCGUCGUAUGACUGGCGAAAGCUGGUUGACGGGCUGAAGGAUACCACCUUUACUGUGCUCACACUGAAGCCAGAUAAAGACUAUGCCUUCCGUGUCAGGGCAGUGAAUGACUAUGGAAUCAGUGAGCCCACUUUGCCUGUGUCCACAGCUUAUUUGAAGAAGCCAGUCCCUGCUCGCAAAGUGCUCCCCCCACCUCUCUUACUUAUGGACCACCCCCUUAUCACUGACCUGGAUAAAGACUAUAUCCGCCUAAAGUGGAUCCCAUCCUUCCCAGCUGAUGCCCAUCAGACCUAUACCAUUGAAAUGUCCGAGCCACCUUAUAAUCAGUGGCUGACCAUCAAAGGUGCUGUACAGGGCACGGAGUACACACUGAGAGAUGUCCGUUCAAACAAAGACCGCAUGUACAGAGUGCGUGCAGACGGACCGUAUGGCCCUGGCGAGCCAUCAGAACCAGUUUCUGCUAAAUUGUUCAUGAAGCCAGCUGAAGCUGCACCUGAACCUAUCCCCCUUGCUCCCCACCUGUUUGUGGAUAAAAUAGAUAACAAACGUAUCUCGCUGGGUUGGUCCCCCACAAGACUGCCAGCAUAUGACCAUUUCUCAUCUGUUAGUUACACAGUGGAGGUCAGCAAGCCACCACACUAUGAGUGGCGACCUCUGGUGACCAGAAUUAAAGACACUUACUUGAGCAUUGACUUGAAUGAACCACACAAAGACUACUAUUUCCGAGUGCGUGCAGAGAAUGAUUAUGGUAUCAGUGAACCAUCUCAUCCAAUUGCCACUCGAGAUUUUUUCAAAGAUAGGCUGGAGCCAUCAAAGAGCCUUUUGCCAGAUCACAGGAGGCCGUCAGAGUUUGACAGAAAAAUGCCUGCUGUCUUUGAUCUGGCCAGACCACUCACUCUACCAGAGUUGCAUCACCCUGGGGCCUUGGGACUUGGUCUGGAUGGACGUGGUCAGUUGGUUCCCUAUGGAGGCCCUGACCUGGGACUGGACACUAUGUUUACACCAGUGUUGCCAGACACCUCACAAUACAGAGGUCUGGAUCUGGCUCCGGAACAGAAACUUUACAAACCACCAUCUGUGUACAGGCAUGCCAAGUUUGAUCUGAUCAUGCCUCUAUCUUCACCUUACAAAGGAUUAGACUUGGCCACUGAGGUGUCACUACCAGCACCUCCAAUGCAAUACAAGCCAAGAGAAAUGACAGUUCCAAGGCAAGUGCAAAGAAAAAUGCGUGCACAAUCACCUGUCAUCACUAUUGAUGUCAUAUUGCCUGGAAGACAGGAAAGGUCAACUUAUCAGCCGUAUGUACCACANUAUUUCCCUGCUCGCAAAGUGCUCCCCCCACCUCUCUUACUUAUGGACCACCCCCUUAUCACUGACCUGGAUAAAGACUAUAUCCGCCUAAAGUGGAUCCCAUCCUUCCCAGCUGAUGCCCAUCAGACCUAUACCAUUGAAAUGUCCGAGCCACCUUAUAAUCAGUGGCUGACCAUCAAAGGUGCUGUACAGGGCACGGAGUACACACUGAGAGAUGUGCGUUCGAACAAAGACCGCAUGUACAGAGUGCGUGCAGACGGACCGUAUGGCCCUGGCGAGCCAUCAGAACCAGUUUCUGCUAAAUUGUUCAUGAAGCCAGCUGAAGCUGCACCUGAACCUAUCCCCCUUGCUCCCCACCUGUUUGUGGAUAAAAUAGAUAACAAACGUAUCUCGCUGGGUUGGUCCCCCACCAGACUGCCAGCAUAUGACCAUUUCUCAUCUGUCAAUUACACAGUGGAGGUCAGCAAGCCACCACACUAUGAGUGGCGACCUCUGGUGACCAGAAUUAAAGACAUUUACUUGAGCAUUGACUUGAAUGAACCACACAAAGACUACUAUUUCCGAGUACGUGCAGAGAAUGAUUAUGGUAUCAGUGAACCAUCUCAUCCAAUUGCCACUCGAGAUUUUUUCAAAGAUAGGCUGGAGCCAUCAAAGAGCCUUUUGCCAGAUCACAGGAGGCCGUCAGAGUUUGACAGAAAAAUGCCUGCUGCCUUUGAUCUGGCCAGACCACUCACUCUACCAGAGUUGCAUCACCCUGGGGCCUUGGGACCUGGUCUGGAUGGACGUGGUCAGUUGGUUCCCUAUGGAGGCCCUGACCUGGGACUGGACACUAUGUUUACACCAGUGUUGCCAGACACCUCACAAUACAGAGGUCUGGACCUGGCUCCGGAACAGAAACUUUACAAACCACCAUCUGUGUACAGGCAUGCCAAGUUUGAUCUGAUCAUGCCUCUAUCUUCACCUUACAAAGGAUUAGACUUGGCCACUGAGGUGUCACUACCAGCACCUCCAAUGCAAUACAAGCCAAGAGAAAUGACAGUUCCAAGGCAAGUGCAAAGAAAAAUGCGUGCACAAUCACCUGUCAUCACUAUUGAUGUCAUAUUGCCUGGAAGACAGGAAAGGUCAACUUAUCAGCCGUAUGUACCACAUAGCCAGAAGGCUGUUAAAAUUCCUGCUAUACCAGCAGCAGUAGUGGAAUAUAAAUCACCACCUCUUGUUGCCCACACGGCAGUAAAACCAGCAAGGUCAAGGAAAAGUUUGGCUGAUAAGUACAAGUCAGAUCUUGUACCAUAUAAACCUAAAACAUUGGACUGGGAUAUGGAGUCACCUGAACGUGGAUCUGUCUCUCCUCAAAGAGGACGACUAGCACGGACACCCUCUUUACCCCCUUACAGGCCUUCCUUACCGUCUAUUGAAGAACUGAAAAAUAGAAUCCCAUCUUUACCAUCUUCAACCUUACCCACUGUAGACACUGAUAUAUAUCAGAGACGCCCCUCUGUUCCUGACUUACGUCGCUCUCGAAGACCAUCUGUUGUGGCGGCAGAUCUGGAUAUUUCUAGCAGGCGCCUUUCUGUGCCUGACGUAGGACUAACUAGAGUACCAUCUGUCAGAAUGGAGGAUCUCGACUUAAAUGUUUAUCGUAGGAGACGCACAUCUGUUCCUGACUUGAAAUUUGACAGGGCAUCAUCUGCAGUUCCUGAUAUUGAAGAACCUCUGUAUCGCAGACGUCCUUCCAUAACUGGAGCAUUGCAGCGGAGAAUGGGGGAGCUUCCUGAAGACAACACUUAUCGUUUGGAAUUUGAAGAUUUGUUGUACUAUAGACGACCUUCUGUGCCUGACUUACCCUACCAACGACGAUACUCUGUCCCUGAAUUACCUAAAAGACGCCCCUCCACCCCUGAUUUGAAAGGUGCAGGGCAUGAUUUUGAUACCAGUAUGCCAACAAGAAGAGCAAUGGGAGACAUGGAUGCUCCACGGGUGAUCCUGGACAAGCCUCGUCUUGAGGAUCUCGGAGAUGGCAGCAUUAGAAUUACAUGGACCCAUAGCACCUUACCUGGGUUCAGCCCACGGACUCCAGAGAUAAGGUACAUCAUUGAGGUCAGUGAGCCACCAAGCAAAAUAUGGAGGAAAGUCAUUGGGGCACUUGCUGAACCUAAUUAUGUAAUAAAAAAUCUGCGUCCUGAUCAGGAUUAUUUGUUUAGAGUUAGAGCACAAAAUGACUAUGGAGUAAGCGAGCCAUCGCUACCAGUUUCUACAUUUUCACUGUGGAGGAUUCAAAAGACCCCAUACCAUCCAAUCACAGGAGUGGAUAUUACUUUUGAUAAAGUGCCUCCUCGGUUAAGUGAGAAACCUUACAUCACAGGCUAUGACAACCACUCACUACGUCUCCACUGGUCACCAGUGGUCAUGCCUGGACACCUUGGGUCACCACUGGUCACUUACACUGUAGAGAUGAGAGAGCCAAGUCAGCAGUGGAGAGAACUGGCCACUGGAGUCAAUGGGCAUCACUUCAGUGUCAACCAUUUAGAUCCAGAGAAGGAUUACAUGUUCCGUGUCAUCCCUGUCAAUGAAUAUGGACCUGGUGAACCCUCUGUGCCUGUGCCGACAUAUUUGUAUAGGAAAAGAGCUCCAUUUGAUUAUCGUCCAUCGCCAGAUUUUUACAGAGACAGGAGAGCUGAAGAUUAUGAUAAAUCCAGAAGAUGGUCCCUUCCCUAUGCCCUUUCACCUUGGUUCACUGAAGAACCUUCACCAGCACCACCAGCACCAUCCCGGAGCCACACUAGAGCCAGGAGUCCUUCACCUUCCUCUUUGCCGUCUGCUCUUAUUGGACUGUCGUCUGCUCUCAUUGGGUCAUCACCCAGAGCAACGUCAGUGCCACCUGAAACUCUUUAUUCUUUUGACACUUCUGAUAUUAAUGACUAUGGUGCUCCACCAGAGUUCCUGCCUCACAAGCCCACCAUCUGUGAUUACCAUGGUGAUUCUUUCAAACUGUCAUGGUCACCAGCGCAGACGUCAGAUAAGGGUAUCCCAUCAGCCAUCACUUACAUUGUGGAAUGUCGGGAGCCACAUCACACUGACUGGAGACAGCUUGCCUCCAAUCUAACUGAUUUCUGUUAUACUGUGAGAGGACUGGAUAAGAACAAGGACUACAUACUGCGUGUGAGGCCGGAGAAUGAGUUUGGAAUUGGCGAACCAACCUUACCAGUAUCCACAUACUUGUUCAGAAAACCAGAUAAGGAAGACUAUGGACUAUAUUACAAACCAAGAAAGGCCCCAGUCUUUUUCAUCGACAAACCACGAGUCUCCAGAUACGACGGCAGGCGAGCAGAGCUCAGCUGGUCACCUCCUAGCACACUACCCAUCUAUAGACCCCCAAAGCGCUACUCUUACGUCGUUGAGUUUGCUGAUCCUUCUCUCAAUGACUGGAAACCCCUUACAAGGGGUCUGCAUGAUAAUAGAUAUGUCAUAAGGGAUCUGAGGCCCGAUAAGGAAUAUUUGUAUAGAAUAAUAGCAGAAACUGAACGUGGUGUCAGUGAACCCACAUCUCCUGUUGCGAUCAAGGGAGCUGCAAGACGAGCUUCUCUCCCUGCUCACAUGAGGGAUGAGUACUCUCCAAGAAGCAGAUCCUACUCUCCAACCACUGCUGGCAGAUCCCCUCUGACUAAAAUAACAGAGAGAGAUCUUCCCCCACUCCCUCGUUCUCACUCACUGGAUGCAAGACCCACUCAGACCUCUACUGAGAGACCUUAUGCAUCAUCAGGAAGAUCCUACUCUAGCACUGAGAGAUCUUACUCCCCUGUUGGCAGAUCCUAUACUCCUGUUGAUAGGUCCUACUCACCAGCUGGUCGAUCUUACUCUCCAACUGGGAGAUCUUACUCUCCAAUCAGAAGUACCUAUUCGCCAGCUGUCCGCUCCUACUCUCCCACCAGUAGAACUAAAGACUAUGAAAGAUCCUAUACCCCAUCCCCAUUGGCUUCUGGCAGAAGAGCAAGUUUACCUUCCGUUUCUCCAUUGCCAACUAUCAAGAAAACAGACAAAUACUCCACCCACCACUACACCCCUCCCACCAAACCUCCCCUUACCACCGACAGACCAUUCUCAGCUAAAACCUGGUUACUGCUAGAUAAAUACACUAAACCCUUGCCGCCUAGCUCUACACGGUCCAGAGAAUACACACCAAGUUCUUCAAGGCAUAGAAGGAGAGCCUCGGAACCUGCUGUCCGUCACCCUGUCUCCACUACCACCACUUACAUCAGAGAUUAUUCUCCCUCUACCUAUACCCCACACACAGGACCCUCCACAUUUAGGGUGAAGAAAUAUACUGACUUCUCUCCCACCCCUCCUCCAUCCUCCAGAAAAACCAAGUCCAGGUCCAGAGAUUACACACCAACUGAAGUUGGGGAUGCCUCCAUUAAACCAAGAAAGCAAAGAGAGAGAUCACUGGAUUCACCCCGGAGGUCUCAAACACCCCAAACUGUGGAGAAACCCUGUAUCCCCUAUUUCACUGUGGACAACCCUACUCAGUAUGCUGCAGAGACCAAAGCAGCUAAGAUUUUAGUGUACGUCCAUGCCUACCCACCACCUAAGAUCAGGUGGUACAAGGGCGAGGAGAAGCUCCCUCUUGGGGAACGAUUCAACUCCUACUUGGCUCCAAAUGGACUUUGUACCCUGGAGUUUAAUAGGAUGACCCCCAAGGAUGUGGGAGACUAUAAGGUCUGGGCUCAGAAUGACCUUGGUCAAGACUGCACGACCAUUAGGUUGGAACUGGCAGAUCCACCAACAUUCUUAGAGCCAAUUAAAGACAUUUUCAUCCCAGUGCGUACGUCAGGACGUCUGGAGUGCCGGGUCGAUGGCAUCCCGUAUCCAGAUGUAAAGUGGAUGAAGGACUGGCGGGCACUGCCAGGAUCAUACCGUGUCAGCAUUCAGCAAGAGGGGCCAGACAAGUGGACACUGAACAUCAACAACGCCAUAGACAAAGAUGGCGGCCUGUACACUUGCGUGGCAGAGAACCUGGCAGGGAAAGUGUUCUGCUCUGCUAAUGUGCAUGUGGAAGACCUGCCUGAACCUGUGGAAAUUGAAUUUAAACCUUUGUAUCUUGAGGACCACUAUCAUAUUCUGGAGGAGCUGGGAAGGGGCUCUUGUGGUAUUGUCAGAAGAGUAAUAGAGCGGUGUACUGGUCACGAGUAUGCUGCUAAAUACCUCCAGGUGCGGGAUGAAGAUGACAAGCAGGACUUCCGCCCCAUACUGGACACAUGGAAGAAAGCAAAUCACAGGCUUAUAGCAAAACUGGUGGAUGCCUACGAGACACCCAAGAGACUGGCUAUGGUUUCUGACCUCGCCACUGGAGGUGAACUCUUUGACAAGGUCGUCCACGAGGACAACCUCAACGAGGCUCGUGCAGCGUUCUACAUUCAACAGCUCUUGGAGGCGCUGCAGCACCUUCAGGACAACAACGUGCUACACCUCGACAUAAAGCCGGAGAACAUUCUCCUGUCUCGACACGGAUUAAACGACAUCAAAUUGAUCGACUUCGGCAACUCUCGUAUCUACGACCCCAAGAAGAAGCUGCUGGUGAAAUACGGGAACCCGGAGUUCGUAGCGCCAGAGGUCGUGCGCGGAGACCCCGUGGGACAGGGGACGGACUUGUGGGGUGUCGGAGUUGUGGCCUACGUUCUGCUAAGCGGCGUGUCACCCUUCUUAGGCAAGACUAACCGUGAAACGCUGGAGAAGGUCAAAGAAGGCGCCUGGACAUUUGAUCCCGAGGGAUUUGCGGGUGUCUCGGAAAAGGCCAAACAGUUCAUCGGCGAUCUGUUGAAUCCUGAUGAAAGCAAGCGCCCCACACUGUCCCAGUGCCUGAAACACCCUUGGAUCAAGCUGGCGGACGUGGAUGCUCCCGGGACGAGAUUACCCACGGAGAAACUGCGAGAGUUUGUGUCUAGGAGAAAGUGGCAGCGCACUCUUGGAGCGGUGAAAUUCACAGUGAAACUGAAAACAAUAGAAGACCUCUUGGCAGAACCAGACGAGGAGAUGCCAGCACCCCCUGGUGACGAUUUCUCAUCUGGCGAGGAAGACGCUUGGUACGAGUGGUACACACGUUAUCAAGGCGAUGACACAAAACUUUUACCUACUGUCGACUCCAUGCCAGUGAGGCUGCGCGAAUAUCGCCGAGAACAGGGCGAGAAGUCGGAUAUAGACCUCCCGAUACCCGAAGGGAAGGAAUCCGACCCUGAAUUAGUCCGAAAGAAGACGAUGAAAGCACGCCAGCACCUCGCUGAUGUUGAGGAAGAGGAUGCUGCGAGACGUGCCCUGGCUGGUGCCGCAGCCAAAGUCGACGAUCAGAUCUCGCAGAUGAAAGCCAAGAAACGAGAACAGCAGCUUCGCAUGGUGGAGGAAGGGUUCCCACCUAUUUUCCGAGAGAAAAUCAAAGACCGUGCGUACAACGUGGGCGAACCCGUAACUCUCAGAUGUCACGCGCUCGCCAGCCCACCGCCAACCAUCUCCUGGUACAGGAACGACCAAAUGAUCACCAGUUCAGACGACACCAGUGGCGCCAGCAACCGCGUGCGGGUCUCGCAAUCAGAGGACGGCCACUUAACCUUGACCUUGCUGAACACGUUACCCAAUGACUCGGGAGUGUACAAGUGCGUUGCCAGGAACAAACUUGGAACCGCCACGUGCAGGGCGAGGCUGAUGGUCGGAGGUGACGGCACAGCAACAGUGUCAGAAUCACAAAGCACAGAAUCUCUACCCGAUCUACCGAUACUAUCCACACUGCGUGAUGUCCCAGAUCGUCCAGGUCGUCCCGCGGUGUCCCAGGUGUCUGGGACGGAGGUUUUCCUCAUUUGGGACGCUCCCAAAUUUGACGGGAAUACGCAUAUCAUUGCCUAUAAAGUUGACUACAGACGUGAAGGAGAGGAGCGCUGGACGACGGCGUCGUACACCAUUGACGAGUGCGCCCUGGUCACAGAUUUGAGCCCGGAAACAGAAUACCGCUUUCGGGUAUCUUGUCUGAACAGAUUUGGGGUCAGCCCGUACAGCUGGUCAUCGCAGGAAGUGACCACGAAGUCGGCAGGUGAAGCGCCUCUGAGUAGAGAGAAAAUGCGUCAGUGCAAGAAGAUUGACAUUCAGGGUGAUGCUGACCUGUCCCCUGAGCUGCGUGACUUCGAGUCUGCCCGGGAGAGAGGAGAGGUGCCCCUGAUUGAACGGAACCCAGCUGAGGACUACGAGUUUGCUGGGGAAUUAUGGAGAGGCAAUUUCUCCGUGGUUCGAAGCUGCGGCAGGAAAGACAUGCCGGCGACUCUUGCCGCCAAAAUAAUUGCUUUCACACCAAGCAACCGCAGCCAGGUUCUCCACGAGUUCGAAAUUCUGAAGACGCUGAAUCAGGAGCGAAUUGUGAGACUCCACGAAGCCUUCACCACGCCCGACCAUCUCAUCCUCAUCAUGGACAGGCUGUACGGAGAAAAUGUUCUGCAGUUCCUGAGCUACAAGAAUAAGUAUACAGAGGAGACCGUGGCUAAAGUCAUGAGACAGGUUAUCGAUGCUGUGCAAUACCUCCACCAUCAAGGCGUCGUGCAUUUGAACAUACAGCCAGACAACGUGAUGAUGGCGAGCAGACGUCGACUUGACGUCAGGCUCGGUGAUUUUGGGUGCGCGCGCAUCAUAACUGACCCCAUGGGAGAAAAGAUGACACAAGUUGGAGCGCCAGAGUUCAUGAGUCCAGAAAUGGCAUGUGGAGAAAAGGUCGGAUUCCCGUCUGACGUCUGGCAAGUUGGCGUAUUGGCGUUUAUUCUCCUAAGUGGAGAGUCCCCAUUCCUCGGAGAAAACGACGAAAAAACGCUAGAGAAUACGAGGUCUGUACGUUACGAUUCUCACAGCCUCUACGAGAAUAUCACUAAGGAUGCCUUCAAGUAUAUACAAGAGACUUUAAAGCGAGAGCCAAGUCACCGCCUGACAGCAGACGAGCUGCACGAGCAUCCGUGGCUACAACUGACCGAAGCCAUGGUCAAGAAGCGAGAAGCUGCACGUUUCGUCACCAACAAACUUCGACAGUUCGCAGAUGAAUAUGGAAAGAGACGCCAGGCUGACGCCACCAAGUCUGAGAAACUUAUCAACGCUUUCGGCCCGCCGGCUGGUGCUGCUGCGGUAGACUCCGACUCCGAUGGGGAAUUCACCCCAAAGCCCCCCAUAGCUGUCAGGAAGACGAGUGAUCAGACACAAAGACAGAGACACACCGAGAAACAGCUAGUGCUCCCCGAACCCAAGGGUGACAGCGACAGUGGAAUAACCACUCAAGAUUCCGAUACAAGUUCUGUCGACGGACGUCCCAUACCAAAAAUGACUAAAAGACACAGAUAAAAAGGAGGAAGUGCUGUUCAAGAACUGUAAAUAGCUGACCGCUUUCAAAUAGGACUGCACCCGAAAACCAAACUCAGCUCUAGAUCACGUGGUCUCAACAAUAUUACAUCACGAAUUUAAUAUAUUAGAGCUGGGAAAGUUAAACUAAAUCUCUCCAGGACUUAAUUUAUAACUGGAUCUGCCUGGGUUUGUCUUACAUGAAGCAUUUGAACUAUUGCAAUUGUUUUUGGAGUGGUUUGAUGAUUUUUGAAUGAUCUUGUAUUGGCUACAUACAUUUGAAGUGCAAUAAAUUUUGACGAGGCAUUCUUUAGACGUGCAAUAAGUGUUGUAAAACUUAUCUCUUUUUUUUAAAUAUAGAAACGUCUAGCUUCUAAAUUAAAUUUUUGUGUAUGUACUCUUUUAAAUUGUGCUUUGAUUGAAUUUUUUUUAAUUUUGUGAUAUUCAACUUUUCUGUUCGUAUUACAUGUAGUAACUUGUGUAGAUGAAAAUAAGGGAUCAUAUUACGUAUAUUAGUUACUUUUUUGAUAAAUGAUAAAUCAGCAUAGCGUGUAGUUUUUUUGGAUGCACUCUCAUAUCACAAACAAAAAUUAAUUGACAUGCAUGUUACUUUGGCGUCCUUUUGCAGAGAGACCAUGUAUUAAGCCACCAGCUAUUUAGUUAACCUGUUCGAUAACUAUAUAGCUUGUGUGCCAAGAAGUCCAGCCUGUAGAAUAAUAAAGCUUCCAGUCCCUUUUGU